GUUUAAGGCUAUCUCAGGGGUCGCAAUAAGGAGCCUGGUGGGCGGUUUCGUCCCUCGGCCUAUUAUUUACCUAGUUUCGAUUACCUGAUUGGCCAGGGAACGAGGCCGCCGACAAAGCUGCUAAGGAACUCAAGGAAGGGCAUGCCAUAGACACACACCAACCCCUACGAACAGAGUACUCCGGCUCUACCAAGGGCUCAGCAAACGGCAGAGUGCGCUACUAGUUCAGUUUAGAACAGAGAAAAUUGGCUUCCGGGACUUCCUCUUCCAACGAAAAGUACCAGGCAUAACAGACACCAGGUGCGAAUGCGGAGCGAGACGACAGACGGCCUCACAUUCUCCUCCAUCGUAGGAACCACAAGGACAUCCGAAACAAGGAAUGCGGCCGCCUACUUGGACGACACAACCUCCGGGCCAUCGUGAACAACCGCAAGCUAGCCACCAAAGCUCUCAGGACUAUAGAACAAGCGCAGAUCCUUGGGCAAAGGGGGAUCAGAGAAGAGUAGACGAAGCCGAGCACUGGGGCGAGAUGAAGUGGGACGGAGCGUAUCUAUUAACAAAGAUCCGACCCGUGUCGGCUUAUACGAACGGACAUAUCCUGGUUAAUGAAAACAAUGCGUCCGCCGGCGGGCAACACUCGCCUGUCCAUGCGAUUGAGAAGAUGGAAGGAGGGUUUAGCAAGGCACUCCUCCUGCGAAAGGAGGAUGGGAGCGAGAUCAUUGCCAAAAUUCCAUUCUCCAUUGCCCGGCUACCGAAGUACACAACAGCCUCUGAAGUGGCUGUUCUCCAAUACCAAUAUAUCAUAAUGGAAAAAGCUGCUGGGAUACAACUAUUCAAGACAUGGGGAGCGAUGAGCGAAUACGAUCAGUUCUGUCUCGUCAAGCAAUUGACGAAAUUAGAGGGCGAAUUGGCAGCACUCCGCUUUCCCGCCAGCGGGAGUCUUUACCUCUGCGAGUCCAUGGCAGACGACGACAUAUAUGUCGCUUUAGACCCUGGUAUGGAACCAUCUGGGCAGUUCUGCAUAGGUCCAUCGUGCGAGCGAGGGUGGUAUGCUCAGAGCAAGACGACAUCUUCGCAUUCUCCUUUCAACCGAGGACCAUGGUCAAAUUUAUCCUCUUUCGGUAUUGCGCUUGUAGAACGGGAAACUGCACGCAUUGAACAAAAUCCAACGAGUGCUACUCCUGAUCCACCACGUGGAUCCUUCAGUCAACAGAUCGCCGUCCUAAAAAUGGCCAAUGAUGUUAUUAUUUACGUCCCUAACGAAGACCCUACUCAGAUCACCUCGCUUAUCGAUUGGCAGUCGAUUGUAGUCUCACCUUUGUUUUUACAAGCCCGCUUCCCAGAGUUUUUGUCGGUUGACGAAGACUACGCUCUUGGCUCGGAGUUGCCUGGGCUACCGCAAAAUUAUAACCAGAUGGACGCAGAUGAUAAGGAAAUAGCUGAGUUUAAGCUUAGGGAAGCUAAGUUGGCUAAGGCAUAUGAAUUAUCCACCUUGUUUAUACCAUCAUUCCUACGGGAGCUGUUCAUUCGAUGUGGAGAGGCCUCAGAAGGGGGUGUAAUACCACUUCGGGCAUGUAUUAUUCAACUCUCCGAGGUGUGGAAUGAUGUAGGUUUCACUGGCAAAUGCCCGUUCAGCUUCAGCGAGGACGACAUGCAAAAGCACGACCUACAGUUUGAGGAAUAUCGCGACCUUCAUAGAGUCCAAGAAAUCGCCAGAAAGCACCUCGACACUGAUUCUGAGGGUUAG